UUGUGGUGGCGCAGCUCCUUCAGUCAAACUCGCACUGCUCAUUCUGCAUCAUGCUAGCUUCGUGUGCGUGGGGCCUCGCGGCCCGCCAAGCUAGGGCGCCGUUGUGGAGCAGGGCCCGCAGCACCGUGUCCAUCGCCCUGCAGGAGAUUACAGCACUUCAGGACUCGACGACUGCGUCCCGCGAAGCUAAACCCUUCACUGAAGUCCCGGGGCCCAAAGGCCUGCCCAUUAUCGGCAACUCGUGGAGGUUUUUGCCGGUUGUUGGUCACUAUGACAUUCAAAAGCUCGACAAGAUCAUGUGGCAGCUAUACCGCGACUUCGGCAAGGUGGUUCGGGUUGGCGGUCUCCUAGGCCACCCCGACCUUCUCUUCGUUUUCGACGCCGACCUGGUGGAGCAGAUUUUCCGACGCGAGGAGCACAUGCCGCAUCGCCCUUCCAUGCCCUCGCUGCACAAUUACAAACAUGUUCUGCGGAAGGACUUUUUCGGCGACACACCAGGCGUCAUCGGAGUGCACGGGCAAAAGUGGCACGACUUCAGGGUGCAAGUGCAGCAGGUGGUUCUGCAACCCGCCGUCGCCAGACAGUACAUCUCACCCCUCAACGACAUCGCUGAUGAUUUCAUGGACAGGAUCGACCUGUUGAGAGAUUCAAACAGUGAAUUGCCUGGAGCGUUCCUCGGCGAGCUCUACAAAUGGGCCCUCGAGUCAAUCGGGCGGGUCGCGUUGGACUCCAGACUAGGAUGCCUCGGAGCGGACAUCAGACCUGAAUCAGAGCAGCAACGCAUUAUCGACGCCAUGAAGGGAUUCUUUGAAAACGUGUCAGUCGUCGAACUGAGAAGCCCUUUUUGGCGACUCGUGGCAACCCCGUCGUGGAAAAAAUACAUCAACGCACUCGACACUUUCAGAGAACUGUGCAUGGAGAGGAUAAACGCGGCAGUCGAACGUCUUGAUGGAAGGAAAGAACAUGAAGGAUCAUCACUCUUGGAAAGGGUAUUGGACAGAACUGGAGACCCCAAGAUCGCAGCGACAAUGGCACUUGACCUCUUGCUUGUCGGAAUUGAUACGACAUCUGUCUCUCUGGCUUCUACACUCAACAUGCUCGCGAGAAACCCAGAGAAACAGGACAUUUUGUAUGAAGAACUGAAGCAAGCCAUCCCAGACCCGAGUCAGCCGACAACGGAAAGUGUCCUCAAUGAAAUGCCCUUCUUGAGGGCGUGCGUCAAAGAAACGCUCAGAAUGUACCCCGUUAUUAUCGGAAAUGGACGCAGCUUGACCUCAGACGCAGAAAUUGGCGGAUACCAAGUGCCUAAAGGAACGCACGUGAUUUUUCCUCACUACGUGCUAAGCAACAUCCCAGAGUAUUUCCCAAGGCCAUCCGAGUUCCUCCCUGAGAGGUGGCUUAAGAGCUCGACAGAGAAGUGUCCUGUCCACCAAAGCAAAAUCCACCCCUUCGCAUCGUUGCCUUUCAGUUUUGGACGUAGAACCUGUCUUGGAAAGAGAUUCGCCUACUUUGAACUGCAUAUUUUGCUGUCAAAAAUUUUCCGCAAGUACAAGGUUGAAUACCACUAUGGUGACAUCCACUAUACAAUUCAUCCAACCUACAUUCCGGAAUCGCCACUCAAAUUCAAGCUCAUUGAAAGAGAAGAAUGAAUAAAAUCAAAAUUGUGCCUUACUUUACCUCCUAUGUGAUAAAUUUAUGUAAAUUAUUUCCCAUCUAGUAGCCUGCACAGGGUGAUUACCAUAUUAAAUCUAUGAACUUUUUAAACCGAAUAGUACAUGGUCAUGCAUUUACACUAAAAAAUUACACCUAAUAUAAAACACAGUAUUGAUAUUUGUAAAUAAAAUGUACUUUAGUUGUAAGGAAGUAGAAUGUCAAAAUAGGUUAAUGAUAAAAUUUUCAUUUACACAGGCUAAGUAAAUAAAAACAGAUUCUGCCUC